AUGCCCAAGUCAAGCCAGAAGCCCAAGAGGCAGAGAUCACAGGCAUCAGCCUUAGUGCCCCGUGCAGCAUCUUUACAUCCAUCUAUUCCCUCUACCCCAAUCUCCAAAAACAUGUCAUCCCCCCAAAUUACGAAGAAGCGUCGCUUGGAGGGACGCAAUGAACAUGUCCCCGAAACUCCCCCUAAAAAACGAGUUGUGACGAGUAGUCAAGGCCAACAAAUUCCAAAACGAACAACUCAACUUGUGCAAGCAAACUCACCGCAUACACCAUUUGAUAUUUCAUCUGGAGAGAGCUCUGAUUCAGACUGUGUAAUCGAAAAAGUUCAGCCGUCGCCAAAGCGCAAGCCUGUCGCCUCCAGCCCACGAGCUCGUCCUUCCAAGAAGCGCAGGACUGAUCACCAGGAGUUAGUCAAGCGAGGGUAUGCCUCUAUCAAAGCAUCUGUUCUCGCAAAAAGCGCAACAUCGUCAAGACAGAACAAGAAACCAGCUUCUGGCCGGGGACAAGCAGCCUCUGUACCCUCUCACGCACCUUUGCCUAACUUCACCUCAAAUGUUGCAGGCCCAAGCCGAAGCACUUCUGUCUCUCCAGCUCAUAGGCCUCCUAAUUCCAGCCAGAAUGAGGAUGCGAUCCAAAAUGAUAAUGAGUCGGGUUGCGACAAUGAGAAGGUUCAGCUCUCUCCAAGAAAGCGCCAUCAACUCGAACAACAGAAAGCCAACGUCAAGCGACGACGAGUUGGCGACUCAAUGGAUACCCCUGUGUCCAUCGAUGCAGAUGACGAAGAUCAACCCGACUCAGACUGUGAGGUUGUCAAGGUUCUGGUGUCCCCAAGGCGAAAGGCUGCCAAACACCGUGCUACAGCCGACAAAGAUACCAAGGACGAAAACUCUCAUGAGCAACGAAAGGUUGCAGCUCAGUGCAAGACCCAGUCUCCCUCUGUGACAAAGCAGCCGACGCCUGCCACUUCAGCUGUUGCACGCGACACCACACCAAGCACAACUUUGCACAUCGAUCUUACCCAGGAGUCCUCUGAUAGUUCUGAUUUCUCAGAUGAAGAGACUACUACCAGUCCGGCCAAGGCAGCUCUGCAAACACCAGUCAAGCCCGCUCUCAACGUCCAGAAUCCCCAAGCCACUACUAUUGAGCGUAUUACUAGUAGCAACACCUACAACCCCAUUGUCGCUCCUGAGAACAAUCUUCCCGUCAAUGAACAGAGGGCGGCGUCCCCGGAUGAUAUUAUGGCUCCUUUGUGGAAUUGGACUAAGUGCCCUGAGACGAAGAAAGUUCCUUCAACCUCCAGCAGCAAUUUGCCGUCUCCCAGCCAUGAUGUGCCCUUCUCCACCGCGCCUGAAUAUCAGCACGAUGAUUCCGCGGCGAAGAAAAUCAAGUUGGAAGCUCACGAUAGUGACAUGAAAUUCAUCAAGAAAGAGAGUAUUGGGCGAUACAACUCCGACGAUGGCGAAGGUAGCAAUGACGAAGAGUCUCAGGAUGGAGACAUGCACCCUUUCAAGCAAGAGAGCAGCUCAGUAUAUGCCCAAUCCUCAGACGAUGAAGAAGACCCCGCCGAAGAAAGUAUCAAGAACAUCAAGCAGGAGAGUUACUCAAACCCCAUGAACAUUUCUGCUUUGAAGCAAUACGAGUCACAUUCCGACGAAGACAGUGAGGAGGAAUACCAAGGACUUCCUGACCUAAGUGACGAUGAGGUUUCCCAUGACGCCAAUACCGACGAGGUGGAAGGUAAUGAGGAUGUUAGAUCAUCGCCACCUGUGUCAUAUCAGCUACCACAGGAAGACGUCUCUCCGAAAACUGUCUCUGCAACACUUGAAGAAGAAGCCAUAUUUGAUUCGGCCGAUAAGGAUUUGAGCAAUGCGUUCGGCAGUUCGAAGAAUAAUUUCUCCACUCCGAUCAAAACUGAGAAGGGUCCUUCACCAUCAAUCUAUGAGCUGCAGCCAGUUUACAGUGGUGAGAAGCUUAUGCAGAGCCACACUCCAGGUACAACAUCGCCGUUCCGACCUCACCAUCGGGAGUCGCUUAUCGGCUUGAAGAGUAUCCUUAAGGGCUCGGGUGGACGAGGUCGUGCGAGUGAUAACGAGACUGUGUACUCUCCAUUCCCUGAUAUUUCUCCCCUUUCUGGAGACGAGCACGACGUUUCAUCACCUAUAGAACGUAUGCAGCAGAGCAAAGAGCAAGCCAAGGCUGUCCGGCCUUCCGAACGCAGACUUUACUCAACACCUCCUCGACGGGUUGUUAUGCCCAAGGCGAUGACAUUGCCAAGGCUUCUGCCCAAGCACUGGACGCCGCCACUUCCAAAGGGAGCUCGAUGGCUUCAACAAAAAAAAGAAUUCACGCCUUUGCCAUCUAUCCCUGACGAUACUGCUGCCAGCAAUGCAGCCCCACGACAAGAAACACCCACGAAGGUUGUCGCAAAGCGACAUCCCCGCGUCAACGACACGACAGACAUAGAAGAGUCUGAAGAUGAACUCGAGAAGAAGCAUCAGGAGCAACAGUUGGAGCCGGGAACCGACAAGCACUGGAUCAAGCCUUCUGAGAAAGAAAUUAAGCCCCCGAUAAUUCGAGAUGGCGUCUCAGAACACGCUAUCAAGCCCACAGUUGCUCUGUUCAAGAAGAAAAUCGCCGCUGGGCAAGGGUUCAAUCACGAUACAAGCGACGAGUCCAAUCAAAAGUACAACUGGGAAAUCGACUGGAGCACGCCGGCGUCCCUAAGUGAGCGCGAAUCACAAGCCGUAGCAGCGGAACUAGAACAUAGGGGAAUCAAGACCAGCAAGCAAUACAGCAACUUUUGGUACAACCUUACAAUGAAGUUUUCAAGACUUGCAGGCUCGCCUAUUCCGCUUUUUACAGCAAAGAAAAAGGCACUCGACACGUUUGUUGAGGAGGCCAUGCAGAACCAGGAAAUCAGGCGGCGGAACAGAAACAAGGCCGUUCUGGCGCAAAAGAAAGCGAGGCGCCGAGAGAAGAAAAAGACACAACCCAAAGAUGUGGAUGCAUUUCUCAUUCGGGGGGAUACAGACGCUGAGAGUGAAUCCGAGGAUUCCGAUUCCGAUCUCAACGGGGCCGGUCUGAUCGCCAAAAUGCGGGCGGAUACCGAGAAACGGCAGAGGACAUAUGGAGGCGGAACGAGCUGUGGACGUCGAAGCAAGUAA